GCGUCUUCCGGGAGCCUGCGCUGAGGGGAGGAGCGGCUGGCGUGCGGCAGUCAUAGAACUGUGCAGGGUCCUGGUUGCAACUGAGAUUAUCCGUGGUGAAUUGGGGCCUCCUCUACUGCACAUCUGAGUUAAAGGCCUACAGCCUCAAACUUCCUCUUUCACCUUCCUCCGAAGUCUCUUUGCCAGCCAAGCCCAGCUGGGGAGGGGGUCAGGGCCAUCAGGAUGCUGUGAAGGUCAGAAGAUUGAGUGUGUUAAGACUUUGUUAAAGUGAGUCAAAGAAAGAGAAAGAAGGAGCCUGUGGAUUACCACAGCAUAAGUGUGAGGGAAGUCCCAGAACCUCACUAUGUCAGGGAAACGGAAGCGUGUGGUGUUGACUAUUAAAGAUAAGCUCGAUAUAAUAAAGAAACUCGAAGAUGGAGGUUCUUCCAAACAGCUGGCAGUGAUUUAUGGAAUUGGUGAAACAACAGUUCGGGAUAUCAGGAAAAAUAAAGAAAAGAUUAUAACUUAUGCAAGCAGUUCUGAUUCUACAAGUCUUCUGGCCAAGAGGAAAUCUAUGAAGCCAUCCAUGUAUGAGGAACUGGAUAAAGCAAUGCUGGAGUGGUUCAACCAGCAGAGAGCAAAAGGGAAUCCCAUAUCUGGACCGAUUUGUGCAAAAAGAGCAGAGUUCUUUUUUUAUGCUUUGGGAAUGGAUGGUGAUUUUAACCCCUCAGCUGGUUGGCUAACGCGUUUUAAGCAGCGGCACAGCAUUAGAGAAAUUAACAUUAGAAAUGAAAGAUUAAAUGGAGAUGAGACUGCUGUGGAAGAUUUUUGUAACAACUUUCGAGAUUUUAUUGAACAAGAGAAUUUAGAGCCUGAACAAAUCUACAAUGCAGAUGAAACUGGACUGUUUUGGAAGUGUCUGCCUUCCAGGACUUCAGUAAUCAAAGGUAAAUGUAUUGUUCCUGGGCACAAGCCAAUUCAAGAAAGAGUUACUAUCAUGUGUUGUGCCAAUGCAACAGGCUCACACAAGCUUAAACUUUGUGUUGUGGGCAAAGCAAAGAAACCCCGAUCCUUCAAGUCAACUGACACUUUAAACCUGCCAGUAUCCUAUUUCAGCCAAAAAGGUGCAUGGAUGGAUCUUUCUGUUUUUAGACAAUGGUUUGAUAAGAUCUUUGUUCCACAGGUUCGGGAGUACUUAAGAUCCAAAGGUUUGCAAGAAAAAGCUGUGCUUUUGUUGGACAAUUCACCAACACAUCCAAAUGAAAAUGUCCUGCGUUCAGAUGAUGGUCAAAUAUUUGCUAAAUAUUUACCACCUAAUGUGGCUUCAUUGAUUCAGCCCUUGGAUCAGGGCGUCAUAGCAACAAUGAAGAGAAACUAUCGUGCAGGUCUUCUCCAGAAAAACCUGGAAGAAGGUAAUGACUUAAAAUCAUUCUGGAAGAAGCUAACUCUGCUGGAUGCACUUUAUGAAAUAGCAAUGGCAUGGAACUUAGUAAAACCGAUUAUUAUUAGCAGGGCUUGGAAGCAAAUUCUUCCUACCAUAGAGGAGAAAGAAAGCAUGGACUUUGAUUAUGAAGAUAUUUCUGUGGCUACUGUGGCCACCAUUUUACAACAUACCAAAGGACUGGAAAAUGUGACUACUGAAAACAUUGAAAAAUGGCUUGAAGUAGACAGUACUGAACCAGGUUAUGAAGUGUUAACUGAUAGUGAAAUCAUCAGAAGAGCACAAGGCCAGACAGAUGAAUCUAGUGAAAAUGAAGAGGAAGAAAUAGAAUUAAUUCCAGAGAAACAUAUAGAUCACACAGCUGCUCUCCAAUGGACUGAAAAUUUGUUGGAUUAUUUAGAACAACAAGGUGAUAUGAUUCUACCUGAUAGACUGGUGAUACGUAAACUUAGAGCCACCAUCAGAAAUAAACAAAAGCUGACAAACCCAAGUCGGUAAUGGAAUUUUAAUCAUUGUUUUGGUAAUUAAGUUUAUU